AUGGAUGAUUUUCAUAAACGCCUAGCUAGUUUGAAGAGUGUUUUGACAUGUAGAAUUUGCAAAAAGCUAUGCAAAGAUGUCACAAUUAUUGAAGAAUGCUGUCAUAGAUUUUGUAAGAAAUGCAUUACGAGGAAGAUAUCAAAAGGGAAAUGGAAUGUUUGUCCAGAAUGUAGUAUGGAUUUAGGUGUUGCUCCCUUGCAUAAACUCAGGCCUGAUCACCAACUCCAAGGGAUAAGAGACAUAUUCUCAAGUAAAAGAAGAGAAUUAAUUGAGCUUGGACUAAUAGAAAAAUCCAAAAAAAACAAAUCCAAAAAGUUAGCUCGUGAGGAUAUUGAUCUUAAUUAUAGUGCUGAAAUGCUCAUUGAUCCAUCGCCUCUUCCUGCUCCUGCUCCUGCUCCUGUUGUGAUUGCUACAAGCUCAAGGAGAAAGGAGAAAUUGAUUUCUUCCAUAGUAAAUAUUACACCACUUGUUGAUGAUCAAGUUUCAAAUCAGGACAACGUUUCGAGUAGUAAUACUAGAAGGGGGAAAGGAAGAGGAAGAGGAAGAAGAAGAGGAAGUUCACAAAAUAAUGCUAAUGAUGUUGAUCUGAGUAAUGGAGAUACGCAUCUAGGAAGUUUAAUCAUUCCUCUUCUUUCGAGCAAAGAUGCUCUACAUAAACAACAGGUUGAGAGUAUUGCUUAUGCUGCCGAAUCCUCAAAGAAAAACAAAAGUAUUGAACCGUUGGAUGGGAUCAAUGACUUAUGGGAACCAUUGAACAAAUUGGUAACAAAAGGUGACACCUUAGACAAUUCAGAAGAGCCAGUGCCAAAGUUCAUUAGUAGUACUCCACAAUUUAAUCUUGAUAAUUAUGAAAAUGAGGAAGACAAUGAUGAUGAUGAAGAAGACGAUGAGUAUGUGCCUUCACCAAACGUUAAGGAACACAAAGUUAGACAACAAAAUGCUGUUAAAAAAAUAGAUGUUGUUCAAGCUAUAGAAGCACCAUCAAGUAGUAAUAAUAACAAUAUUGAUAAAGGAAAAGGGAAAAAGGGACGACGUGGAAGAAAGAAAAAAGAAACAAAUAAUCCUCUUUCUCCUCUUCCUGUUAGCGGUGGUGGUGAUGGUGGUGGUGGAACAAAUCUUAAUGUGGCACAAGUUCAAGUUGCUAUUGAGGCAGAAGGAGGUACAAUCAGUGGUAGUACAAGAGUAGUUAAUGAAAGAGUACAUCCCAUUUGGUUCACUUUGGUUGCAUGUGAUAAACAGGCAUGUUCUUUACCCUUACCACAAAUUUCUUCCCGCUACAUAAAGAUCAAGGAUGUGAACAAGUCGUCUUCCUACAUAAAGAAGUACCUUGCACACAAAUUGAGUCUCCAGAGUGAAGACGAGGUGGAGAUUCACAUGUUAGGAAUGCAAAUUCAACCUACUUUUUCUCUCAAAAAUCUAGCAGAAUUGUGGUUACGUGUAGGACCUAACUCUGGAAAAAAUUUAGCAAAAGUUGGAGCUUCUGCCCAAGAAUUUGUCAUGGUUUUGAACUAUUCUCGAGCACAGUUGAGUUAG